UGUUAUGCGAUAGCUUAAACCUCUGGGGUAAUCAAGGGCAGUGGCUGUCACGUGUAGUCUUGUCAAUAUGAUUUAAUAGCAAAUUGAAUUAUUAAUUGUCUACGUAAUUUAUGAGUAUCCCGUGUUGAGGCACCAGGUGUGUUCAGAAUCAGCAAUGUCUCAAAGAAGGUUUAUGAACUUGAAUUAUUAUUCAACAGAAUCUAUGGGCGUCACGACUUUUAAACAGUUUAUAUAUGCGUUUAUACCGUGCUGUGAACACUCUCCUAAAUAUCUUAGCUGCCGAUUUCAAAACGCAGGAAAACGUUGCGCAUCUUGAAUACGGCACCGUGCACGAGGACGGGUUUACGCAAGAAUCGUGGACCAACCGCGGAGACGCAUUAUGUGGGCGAAGGUUGAAAAAAAAAAAACACAUCUGAUCUUUUCGUGCAUUUUUUCACUCCGGGUGCGAGAGAGAUGGGCGUGACAACGGGCUGUCUGGACCACGAUUAGUGUCCUAGAGGAGUAGCUUACCAUCUGCACAUCCGUGCAGCCGAUGACUACGGAGAGGCGAUGCUACCCGCUGGGUGUAGUGACCGUGCCAUAAAACUUAUCUUCGUGGGUUAUGGUUCUACCGCACAACGCCCAGGUUUGAGGCCGCACGGGGAUUGACAGUCUACGGGAAUCUACGUCAAAGGGUCUUCCAUCGCAAACAUCAGCGGGAGAAGACGCAAUUCGCUGCAAUCUGUUCGCAGAGAGUAUCGGGGGCUGAAACAGCCAUGAUGUGCACAAGUCUGAGGAAUACACGGCGGAGGAAAUAGUCUGUGAGUCCCCGUUGAGUGCGGUGGGCAUGGUUUUGGAGGGGAGCUCCGAGGCCCUGUGUCCCCCUCCCUCGCUGGAGCUGCGCCCGUCCUGCAACAAGAGCCAGCCCUCGCCCCCGCUGGGCUCCGGCUCUCAGCCCCAUGACAGCCUCUUCCCCGGGGACAAGGAGCCCGUCAAGUAUGGGGAGCUCAUCGUCCUGGGGCACAACGGGUCACUGGCCAAUGGGGACAAGGGACGUCGCAGGAGUCGGCUGGCCCUCUAUAAGCGGCCCAAAGCCAACGGUGUCAAGCCGGACGUCAUCCACAACGUGUCCACACCCCUUGUGUCAAAGGCCCUUAGCAACAAAAGCCAGCAUAGUAUCUCCUACACAUUAUCCAGGAGUCAGUCCGUGAUUGUGGAGUACACACAUGACUCCAACACAGACAUGUUUCAGAUCGGCCGUUCCACAGAGAGCAUGAUCGACUUUGUGGUGACAGACACAGUCGGGAGCGGAGGCGGCGGAGGCGGAGGCGGAGGCGGAGGAGGAGGAGGAGGAGGAGGAGGAGGAGGAGGGGGUGGGGGUCAGGGUCAGGGGGCAGUGGGGGAGGGCGGAGGAGGUGGAGGCGGCGGCAACGGCCAGUCGGCCCAGAGCACCAUCUCCCGCUACGCCUGCCGCAUCAUGUGCGAGCGCAGCGCCCCCUACACGGCGCGCAUAUACGCCGCCGGCUUCGACUCCUCCAAGAACAUCUUCCUCGGGGAGAGAGCUGCCAAAUGGCGGACGUCUGACGGCUUGAUGGACGGCCUGACGACCAACGGGGUCCUGGUGAUGCACCCGGCCGGGGAGUUUGUGUCAGAACCAGCGCCUGGCGUGUGGCGGGAAAUCUCUGUGUGUGGGAACGUGUUUGCCCUCCGAGAGACGCGCUCCGCUCAGCAACGAGGAAAACUGGUGGAGAACGAGUCGAACACGCUGCAGGACGGCUCCCUGAUCGACCUGUGUGGCGCCACGCUGCUGUGGCGGACCCCGGCCGGCCUGCGCCACACGCCCACGCUCAAGCAACUGGAGUCCCUGCGCCAGGAGCUGAAUGCGGCACGCCCGCAGUGCCCCGUGGGCUUCAACACGCUGGCCUUCCCCAGCCUGGCGCUGGCCCAGCGCGCCACCGUCGACAAGAAGCAGCCCUGGGUCUACAUGAACUGCGGCCACGUGCACGGCUACCACAACUGGGGCUACCGCAAGGAGAAGGGAGCCUCGUCGACCGGGGGAGGGGUUGGCGGCGGCGGGAUGGGGGGGUUCGGCGGCGGCGCAGUGGGAGGAGCGGGGACGGCACCGGCGGGCACGGGCGAGAGGGAGUGCCCCAUGUGCCGGCGCGUGGGGCCCUACGUGCCGCUGUGGAUGGGCUGCGAGGGCGGGCUGUACCUGGACGCGGGCCCGCCGACGCACGCCUUCUGCCCGUGCGGCCACGUGUGCUCGGAGAAGACGGCGCAGGGCUGGAGCCAGAUCCCGCUGCCACACGGGACGCACGCUUUCCACGCCGCCUGCCCCUUCUGCGGCACCUGGCUCACCGGUGAGCAUGGCCACGUCCGACUCAUCUUCCAGGGGCCUGUCGAUUGAGAGGCCCCCCCCCCCACACACACACACACACACACACGACCACCCCCAAUCUUUACCCACUACCCCUCUGAACCCAAAAACCCUUCUCACCGGCCAACCUCCCCCCUCCCCUCCAAACCCUCAGUGACAUACUGAAAAUGACAAGGGGAGAGGGGUGGUAUGGUGGCAGAGGAAUUUGAACAUGCAAUGUUGGUGGAAGACGCUGUAGGUGGACAUAUUCAGAGCGAUGAGCGGACGAUGGAGACGUCGAGCAAGAGGAGUUGGGCUUUGGCACGAUGAGCCAGAGGAGUAGAAGGAACACUGCAAGCAGAGAAGUGUUUUGUGAGGGGAAAUAUGUAAAUAAAGUGGUAAAAUAGAAAA